AUGGCAAAGCAUAAUCAAGCAUGGCACUCAGAGGACACCACGGGUGGAAUUGCAUAUAGAUCUACUUCCUUGAACACCAUGAUCGAGGAAAACCAAGAGAGAGAUCAAGUGAUUGCAGGGCUUGCCACAAAUGUCAAUGUGUUGACAAAGAUGUUCACAAAAAGCCAAACGAAGAAAGUAAAUGUGGUAAAGGAUGUGCAACCCAUACCAAAUGAAGACUUUGAGGAGGCAAACUAUGUCAACAACUCUCAAGGAGGUUAUCAAAGGAAACAAUACCAAGGUCAAGGACAACAAAAUCAAUGGAGGCCUCACCCACAAGGGCAAGGCAACCAACAUUGGCGAAAUGACCAAAACGGCUCAAAUCAAGGAAAGUGGAACAACUUCCCAAAUCGGAGUUCAAACCCUUAUGUUUCUCCAAAGGGUCAAUAUUCAAAUCAAUGUUCCUCAAGUGAGUCUAAGUUGGAAGGCAUGCUUACACGGGUAUUGCAAAAUCAAGAGAAGUGCGACACUUCUAUGAGGAAUAUGACCGAGCUUGUUGGUUCUCAUACCACAUCCAUUCAAAAAUUGGAGAUGCAAAUGAGAGACCUCUCUAGGGAACAAAAUCCGAAGCAAAAAGGGACAGUUCAGAGUGACACUAUUGUGAACCCCAAGGGUAGUGGGAGUGGUCCAAUUUCUCAUGUCAUGGCAGUUACUACUCGGAGUGAAAAGGUACUACAAGGAGAGAGUGAACAACUAGUUGAAGUUGAAGAGUCCGAACAUGAAGUUGAGGUUGAAGAGCAAAGUGUUGUUGAAGUUGAAAAGGUUCUUGAAGAGUUGAAAGUGCAAGAAGAAAACCGGGAAGAGGUAAAGGAAAAGAAGAGAACCACCAAAAUUAAAGUGGCGAAUGUGACUCACCGGAUUAGUUCCAUCAUUGCAACAUCUACCGUUCAAAAGAAAGAAUACCUGGGAGCUUUCACCAUUCCUUGUACUAUUGGGGCACAUGAUUUUGCAAGAGCCCUUUGUGAUAAUGGGGCUAGCAUCAACUUUAUGCCUCUUUCCAUUUACAAGCAAGCAGGGUUAGGUAUGCCAAGGCCCACAAGUAUGAGAUUGCAAAUGGCCGAUCGUUCCAUAAAGAGACCGGUAGGAAUUGUUGAUGAUGUGCUUGUUAAAGUGGAAAAGUUUCAUUUACCCGCCGAUUUCGUAAUCCUUGAUUGUGCGGUUGACAAAGAGAUCCCUAUCGUUUUGGGGAGACCAUUCCUAGCCAUAUCAAGAGAACUAAUGUAUUCGAAACGGAAUGAGAUCAAAUUUCGUGUGAAUGAUGAAGAGGUCACAUUCCAAGCAAGCAAGGGUAUGAAACUACUACAUGAAUAUGAUAGCAUCUCGGUGAUUGAUGUUGUUGAUGAAGUGGAAGAUGCGGUUGAAAUACAGAUGGAAGAACAAUGCCUUGGUGAGGCGUUGGCGGCUAUUUUGGUGAACUUUGAUGGUGAAGAUAUGGAAGGAUAUAUGGAAUCGGUAAAUGCACUGGAGGGGCUUGGGUCCUACACUUAUGCUCCGGCAAAGCUCUCUCUCAACUUGGAGAAUUGA